AACUAAGGGAGUAGACUGUGGCGAGGUUGUAGGUUGGUGCUUGUGUUUGUGUGUUCGGGAGGGGUUGCAUCAUAGGAAGCGAGCUCCCCAUCCUGCCGCUGUACGUGACCCCUUUGGCCCCAGAUCAAAUGCUGAAUACCAUGAAGCCUCUGUCCUCCUUCAGGCCGCUGUUCUGGCCCAGCGUGCAGCGUCUCGCCCACUGCAGGGAGAAGGGGGGAAAAAUUUAAGAAGAAAAAGAAAAAACUGAGUUGAUGAGGAUGUAAGAACGACAAAGUUUGGACUAGGGAAUGAACGUGGCACCUGGAAAGGGUACAUCCGAAAUUCAGAAACCGGAGAUGGUCACUCUCGAGCCUCCCCCUCCCCCAACUGCUGAGCAGUUGAAUCAGGGAGAAGUCGCUCCUAUUUUUAGUGCCAUGCUCCACGAAGGGACGGAAAAGCAAACAGUCGGCGGCUGCACGCGCAAAGCCGGAGAGAAGGAGAGGAGAGCCAGGAGGGGGAGGAAGGCGGAGUGACUCCUGCAACUUCAGAUCCCUGCCCCUCAUUGCUGCCUGGGAGGCGCACACGCUGAGCCGUGCAGCGGGCAGCAGCGGCGUCUUCUUCCACGCAUCCGAACCUUUCCGCGACUCCUCGAUUUCCUCAAUGGGGCUCACGGAAGGAUUUCCCCGCCGUCAAACGCUGCAGAUUUAUUUACGGGGUCGCCGGAAGUUUUCCUUCCCCCCUCUCGGGUCCGGAGCCUCGUGUGCGGGUCCAGAAUGUGCUCCUCCGUCUUUCCCCGCAGACUCCUUCCACAAAAGCCUGACUGUUUAAAGGACGAGGCCUUUACCGCCGCUACUUUCCCACCUGUAACCUUCCAGAGGAUAGAAAGCAGCAUGCGGCGAUUUGACAAGCUGAAGAAGACGUUUCCCUUCCUGGCACACUUCCAUGUGUACCGAAGACUGGGCGGCAGCAUGCAGAGUGAGGAGGGAACGGAAUGGCUGCUGGAGCUGUUGAUGGAGGUGCAGCUGCAGCAGUACUUCCUGAGGAUUCAAGAUGACCUGAACGUGACACGGCUGUCACACUUCGACUACGUCAAGAAUGAAGACUUGGAGAAGAUCGGGAUGGGUCGCCCUGGGCAGAGACGACUGUGGGAGGCCGUGAAAAGGAGGAAAGCCAUGUGCAAACGCAAGUCCUGGAUGAGCAAGGUGUUUAGCGGGAAGCGACCAGAUGGAGGAGAAUUUCCUCAGCAGAGCCAACCAACCUCCUCAUUUCGUAAACUGUCUCCCACCCCUCCACUUUGCCUUGGGGAGGGGGUCCUGUCCACACAGUCCAGCGGGGGUACGUCACUGGACGUGCAGCAGAAGGCCCUCACCUGUCUCAUCCCAGAGAAAGACUUGACGCUGUUUGAGAAGCUUGGGGAUGGCUCCUUUGGCGUAGUGAAGAGAGGGGAGUGGAUGACGCCUUCAGGCAAGGUGUUGAAUGUUGCUGUAAAGUGUCUGAAGACUGAUGUGCUCAGCCAGCCUGACGCUCUGGAGGAUUUCAUCUGUGAGGUCAACGCCAUGCACUCGCUGGACCACCAGAACCUCAUUCGGCUCUACGGUGUGGUCCUGACACACCCGAUGAAGAUGGUGACGGAGCUGGCUCCUCUGGGCUCUCUGCUGGAGCGCUUGCGGUGUCCACAAGGUCCCAUUUUGAUCCACACUUUGUGUCAGUAUGCCGUCCAGGUGGCUUGUGGAAUGGCUUAUUUGGAGCAGAGGAGGUUUAUCCACAGAGACCUGGCAGCAAGAAACAUCCUGCUGGCCUCGUCUCAAAGGGUGAAGAUCGGUGACUUUGGCCUGAUGAGGGCGCUGCCUAACAACCACGAGCACUAUGUCAUGCAGGAGCAUCGCAAGGUUCCCUUUGCAUGGUGCGCUCCAGAAAGCCUGAAGACGAGGACGUUCUCUCAUGCCACCGACACGUGGAUGUUUGGAGUCACUCUCUGGGAGAUGUUCACGUAUGGUCAGGAGCCAUGGCUGGGCCUCAAUGGCAGCCAGAUUCUGCACAAGAUUGAUAAAGAAGGUGAACGGCUCCCUAAACCAGAAGACUGCCCACAGGACAUCUAUAAUGUCAUGUUGCAGUGCUGGGCUCAGAAACCUGAUGACAGGCCAACUUUUGCCGCCCUCCGUGAGUUUCUGCUCGAGACUUUGCCCACAGACAUGUGCGCUCUGCAGGAUUUUGAUGAACCUGACAAACUCCAAAUCAAAGUCAAUGAAGUCAUCACUGUUAUAGAGGGCAGGGCAGAGAAUUACUGGUGGCGAGGUCAGAACAAACGCACCCUUCAGGUUGGACAGUUCCCCAGAAACGUGGUGACGUCAGUCGCCGGACUGUCGGCCCACGACAUCAGCAGGCCCCUGAAGAACAGCUUCAUCCACACGGGUCAUGGAGACACAAACCCUCACCGCUGCUGGGGCCACCGCGACAGGAUUGAUGAUUUGUAUCUCGGGAAUCCCAUGGAUCCUCCUGAUGUUCUCGGCUUAGAACUGAGUGCUGCUCGGCCCACACAGCUACCAGGACGGGCCAAGAAACCCUACUACGAUCCAGUGACCGAGGAGGAGGACCUGACGUCUGCUGCUCUGAAAAGACUGUCGCUUCGGAAAACCGGCUCCCUCAAAGGCCUCAGGCUCAUACCCACCGCUUGGAUCUCUGCUUCCAAACAGGGAGGCUGCAGGACUUCCGGCUCGGGUCAAAAUCCUAACAGCGAAGUGUCCCUCAUUGACUUUGGGGAGGAGCUGCCCCCAUCCACACCCUCGCCUUCCGCUGUGGUUGAAAUUCCAAUUCCCGCACUGGCUAAGCUAGCCUUGGAUGCAGAAAACAUCAUGGACAAAACCCCACCUCAAAGUCCUUCAACGUCUUUGCCUCGACCUCUGCAUCCUACGCCAGUGGUGGACUGGGACGCGAGGCCGUUACCCCCGCCUCCCGCGUACGAUGAAGUAGCACAGGAUGAAGAUGAUAUGGAGGUCAGCUGCAUCAAUGGUUCCGAGCAACAGCUUGAGGAAGAGUUCAUUUGUGCUCACAAUAUGGAUGAAUCUCCUUCUUUUGGACAAAAGCUGCAGGGGGAAGGUGUUUUCUCCAAAGGAGUUGACAAGGAAUCGCUGGAGGACAACCUCUUCCUUCCCUGCAAGCAGAGCCAGGGUAUGUCGACCUCCUACACUCAGUCUGCUGAGAUCUUUCUGGAACUCCAGCAGGAGUGCAUGCGGAGGCUCAAUGCCCCAAAAGGAGUCCUGUGUCGUUCUCCAAACUCACAGACUCGGGAUGAACAGCUGCUUUCCUCUUUCUGCGAGGACAAACCUCAGAUCCCUCCUCGUGUCCCCAUCCCCCCUCGCCCCGUAAAGAGGGGCGACUACACAUGUGCUCGCUGGUCGCGGGAGCUCUCAGUUUCUCCGAUGGCAGCUGAAAACACAGACGAGGUUCCAGGCUCAGACCGGGACCGCCCGCCUCAGAUCCCUCCCAGAGACCCCCUGUCACAGCCAGCAUCCAGAACUCCCAGCCCGAUGGGUCUAGUGGUGGGCUCCCCCCAGCAGAGGCUGCACUCUGCUAGCCCCUCUACCCAGCAGGCUUUGCUCUCUUCCUGCGCCGCUGCACACGCAUACAGCUCCUACCUCUCUACCUCUCCAGGUAAACUCAUGCCAACCACACACAGCUUUGCCUCAGACCCGAAAUACGCCGCCCCCAAAGUGAUCCAAGUGCAAGGCAAGGACAAAGGCCCGUGCAUACUGCCCAUCGUCCGCGACGGCAGGAAAGUCAGUAACACUCAUUACUACCUUCUGCCAGAGAGGCCACCUUACCUUGAUCGCUUCGACCGCUUCCUCAGGGAGGCGGAGCACCUCCCCGCCAGCGCGAUGGACGACAGGCACGUUCGGCACACCAACACUGCCACGGUCAGACCCAUGGUGGUCAGCACUCAGACAGUCCAUGGACACACCCAAGGGCAGAGUCUGGUCCAAGCAGGGGAUCUGAAGGCCAACUUCUCCUCCAACAACAACAGCAGCCUGGGUGGGCCGCAGUCAGGGAUGAAGACAUCAGUUAGCCUCCCACGUGUAUGCUCGGACGGGAUGACAGCCGCCGUCAUUCCCGCUUCCUGUCUGCGGACAGACAGUGGAGGAAACACCCCUGACAAAGUCAAAAUGGUUCAGGAGGCCGUGCACGGCGUGACGCUGGAGGAGUGUCAAGCCGCUCUCCAGAACCACAACUGGAACGUCCAGAAAGCUGUCUAUUCUCUGAAGGUGGAGCAGUUAUUCUGUUUGGGUCUGAGGAGUAGGUCCGAUUGUCUAAAGCUGCUGGAAAUGUGUGAUUGGAACCUGGAGGUGGCCAGUACUCAAAUGUUAGAAAACUAUGGAUCCACAACUUGGCAAGGGCGGUGACAAAAGCUGCGGAGCCUCAACUGGAACUUCAUCCUCAGUAAAACAUCAUCAGAUGGCAAAUCUCCCGAUUCUUCUGUUUGCCGCUUCACUCCCACCUCCAAUCAAGCAGACUUUAAUUUAAGAACAGAGAGCACAACACAAUUUGGUAACCCCUCCUCUCCACCCUGUCACGGUCCCACUGGCAAUUACCAUGUGGGCGGAAAAGUUUCUGUGAAGGUUAUUCCGUUGUUUUGGUCAAAGAGUGUGUUUCCAUCAAACACCAGACGGAGAAAAAAAAAAUAGGAACGCACCGAUCUGAGGGACUGACGGUCUCUGUCGAUGUGCCGUUUCAUGGUGUCAUUCUCGCUGCUACACCGGGGGAUGCAUCAAGCUUUUCUUUUUAAGUCGAUCAUUCUAAGAAGGCAAAAACGAAAUGACAAGCAAAAAGAUUUACACAAGUAGUUUUUGAAAAGCACCGUCUCUUUGACUGGAAAGCAUCAGAUAACACUUGAACUUCUUUGGUUUGCCUAAAAAGAGAGUAUUUAUAUUGUGUAGAGUAUAAAUAUACAAAUUAUUGAAGGUCAACUUUUUAUUAUAGGCUGUUGUGUCGUGGCAUAACGUGUUUAUGACUUAAAAGCACAAAAAUAUGAAAGCACUAAGACUACGGUCACAUAUCCCAAAAUGCCACCGUGCGCCGAACUAAAUGCCUUUUUCCAGCAAUAUUGAUAGGUGGCCAUGCAGCGGCCAUUGUAACCGAGAGAGGUGUGGAGGUUUACCAAAAAAAUAAAAAUUUUACGGUGACCGGACGAUUUUUUCUUUACAUCUGUCAGUGGCCGACUGGGCACAUUUCACGGUUGUGCAGUGGCAGUCCAGUGACCGUCAGAUGGCAGGAAAGUAACAGCACGAUAAUUGACUGAUGAGAGGGUCUCUAAGGUGUCCAAAGUUGUCUGGUGUUUGGCUGAUUUCAGACUGCCACCCCCCUGCCCCUGUGCUGCCGUCCCACUACCACCGUCCGAUUGUUAGAAAUCAAACAAUAGCACUUGACAUGGUUCAGGGACCUGGCGAUGAGCAGAUGUCAAUCUGCCUGACUGCAGCCUGACUGCCGUUUGACUGCCGCCUGACUGCACCCUGACUGCCGUCUGACUGCCGUCUGACUGCAUCCUGACUGCCGUCUGACUGCCGUCUGACUGCAUCCUGACUGCAGCCUGACUGUCGCCUGACUGUCGCCUGACUGUCGCCUGACUGUCGCCUGACUGUCGCCUGACUGUCGCCUGACUGUCGCCUGACUGCAUCCUGACUGUCGCCUGACUGCAUCCUGACUGCCGCCUGACUGCCGCCUGACUGCCGCCUGACUGUCGCCUGCCUGUCGCCUGGCUACCGCGUGACUGUCGCCUGGCUACCGCGUGACUGUCGCCUGGCUGCCGCCUGACUGUCGCCUGGCUGCCGCCUGACUGUCGCCUGGCUGCCGCCUGACUGUCGCCUGCCUGUCGCCUGCCUGUCGCCUGCCUGUCGCCUGCCUGUCGCCUGGCUGCCGCCUGGCUGUCGAUAGGCUGCCGCCUAUCUGCCGUCUGACUGCCGACUGGCUGUCACCAUCUACAUUCAUGACCAUGCCAUUGAUUUUUUUUUUAAAUCGUCCGGUGGCAUGAAAUCCUGAAGAUUCUGCCAAUGCCUGCCCAUUGCACGGUGGCUGUUGUAUUUGUGACUGUAGAAUUAUUGGGGUUGAAAUGAUUGGAGUGCAAAACAUACACAGCUGCAAAGCAGUUUCAUCUCAAUUUGAGCAGGACAAAAAGUCUACAUUUUCCAAAAGUUGGAAAGACCUUCAACAAAAAACAAAUGUUUAAGAAAAAGUUUGUCCAAGAUUCUUUAAGAGACCCACAAAACUGGUUUUGGGAAAAACUCUACUCUUUUAGGUAUAAAAAUAACAGUUUAAAUGGGAAAAAAAGCAAAAGAGACACGCACAUAUUUGGAUAGGUGGCAUUUGUAUUGAAAAGCAAAUAGGAUUUUUAAUAUAUUUUAAACCUGUUUCUCAGACGAUAGUAUAUUCUUGAGUGUGUUGCAGGUUACAGUAUUUUUAGUUUGACUUCCUCCUCCCUGCAAAGAGCAAAAAAAAAAAAAAAGAGGCAACCAAUUUAUGGAAAUUUCCCGUAUCUCAUAUAGAUAGUUCCUCAUUUGUUCCCUGGAAGCACUUUUUCCCCCCACAGAGCUACACUGCAAACUUUUGCUCGGGCAGAGAGUUUCUUUGGAGCUCAAGUUCAGUGUCGGCAGCUAUUAAUGACUUUCACUCAAAAAUCAUCUGAAAACUUCCACUUUGGCGUUUCGGUCUGCAAGUUUACAGGCAAUGAUGUAAGAGAUUUUUUUAUUUUCCACUUGUAUUGAUUACCAGUAAAAUACAUUUGUUACAAUAAGAUUCAGUUUGCAAGUUUGGAUGCUACUAAAAGGAACAUUUGACUACCGUUAGGAGGAAAAAGCAGUCCUCUUUGCACAUUUAUUACUAUCUACUUGAAUUUGAUUGGCUGCCAAAGUAAAGUUUGGGUUCACAUGGAACAAAAGUGAAACUUCUGAAACUGCAAACUAAUAACAUAGAAAUGGAGCAGAAAGCAGCUGUUGCACUUUGGGGAACCUGAUUUUAGUAUUGGAACAUCUUGACUGUUUAAAAAAAUCUGGAAAAAAAAACAUUUUUUCAAAAUAAAAGCCAACCUUUUCUUUCACAAAAUUUGUAUGAAAAUGUUUCUGCAAUCUCUGAUUUUUGUAUCCGCUCAGCCAUUUUUCUCUUGGAGAAGCCAAAGGAGGUGUAAUAAGUUCAGGUGCUGCCUGUUUGUCUGCGUCUUCGGAACGACAUGCUGUUGUUGAAUUUUUAGGACUGAGUUUAGAUCUGUUUCCAGUUGUGAUGAUGCAACCUGUUCAGUUCUGUCUUGAAUUCAUUUUUGAUGCUCCCGUUUUUCCCUCUUUGUUUUUCUGAAUUGUUGUUCAAAUAUAAAAAUGUAAAGUUUGUUUGUGUCGUUUCUCUCCUUUUGCCGUUGGUGGAAAUGAAGUUCAUGCUGCCGAAUUGUAAAUCUAUUUUUUAUUAAAAGAAUUUAUUUUCUACACA